UCCUUCCCAACACAUCAUUGAAGAAGAUCUAAUAUCAUCAGCUAAUGAUGCAGUUCAGGCACAUGAACGUUUUCAUCUUGCAAUUCGUACAAAGAAACAGGCACCAGAAAAACCACAUGGACUGGACACCUAUGCUCAAAUGGCAGCAAAAUCUGGUGCGACUUUGGACAAACUCAGAGCCUUGAAGAGUGAAGUGGAAGGCACACAUUAUGACUAUGUACCUACUACUGCCAAUGAAGCAGCUCUUCAGGAUUUGAAAACCCUGAUGUUGAUGCAUAUUCCUACCUCUGUAACUGAAGAUGUCAGACAAAAAUUUGAAAAGUUGAUCUUAUCAAGUUUGUCAGGUCACAAAAAGAUUAUAUUUGGUUGCCUCAUGACAUGCCCAUGGUACCAGUCCACUCAACCUGAGAGAGGACAACAGGCCAAACAUAACAUGAUAUUCAUAGUAUUUGUCAGUACAGAUGAACAGUUCUUCUCAACAGCAAAUCAGCAUGUGAGAGAUCAGAACCAUGUCAUUGAUUUGGGCUGGUUCCUUGCAGUUGAAAUAUUUCACUUUGCCCACUAUCUCACCAAGGGAAAGAUGCGUUUCAUAGAAGCAUUGCUAAGUUCUCGAGGUGCUACUGGAUCUCUCCUGUACCAGACUGAUGAUUGGUCAACUCUAAAGAACAGUUCACUAAUUGAAAAACUCCUUGGUUUGAGGGGAUUUCUUGAGCAGUGUAGAGGACAAUCUAUUGGGGGUGUGGCCAAGAAACGCAAGAAUGGAUCACUUGGCCUCAAAGAUACAGCUACACAGUAUGAUCUCUGUGAAUCUCUCAGGUUACUUCACUAUGGUGUCUCUGCACUAACAGAGCAUGUGUUACAUACUUCAUCGUUAGAUAGAGACAAACUGCCUGAAGUUGGACAACAGGGGUUGGACCUCAUUACUAGGCUCUACCAGGAUGAGGAUGUUACAAGACAAGAUGUCUUCCAGUUAAUUUUAAGAUGGAAAUCAGAUUUAGAUGAACUAAUGAAAACUCACAAAUUCACGAAGAUAGAAAGUGUUGAUGAAUGCAUCAGAGACUGGUUGAUGCAUGUCAGAGCUGGACCAAAUCCAAGCUUUAGAAAGAUUUGUGUAGAAAAGGGCCAGGAAGAGUACUUAGGGAGUCUAAAAAGGAAGGUAGGAGGACAUGUAGAGGCAAUGAAACCUGAACAGAUUCUGAUGGUGGCCCAAGCUGGGAGUAAACUCUAUGAUCUGGCUACACCUGAUAGUGAUGUUGACUUUGUUAUCAUAUAUGCUGAACCAAUUGAAAAAAUUUUAGGCACCUCUAAAAGAUUGAAUGAAUGUGAUGAAAGCCGUGGUCCGAAGAAGCAGUUUGAAUAUGGAUCCUAUGAGGCCAGACUGUUUUGUGAAAUGUUACUCAAAGGCAGUGUAGUGAUUCUAGAGCUUUUAUUUGCUGAUGAUCUUGAAUAUACCAGUGCAGCCUGGAAGGAGUUAUCCUCCCACAAAGAACUAUUUGUGACAGAGCGUGCCAUUCUUCAAUACUUUGGUCUCAUCAAGAACAACAUGAUUAUGAUAGAGAAUGAGAAACACAGGGGAACUAAACGUGAGGGAAAGCUAUUCUACCAGAUAUUUCACAAGUUGAACAGUCUGGAGUAUUUCUUGGCUGGUAAACCUCCUGUAGUCAAGUGUUCUGGUUCUGCAAGAGACUUCAUCAUGAGAAUAAGGACAGGUCCUUUAGAGGGUGACAUCUCAAGGGAAAAUCUAUAUACACUUGCUCAGGAGAAAAUUCUAAAUAUGAGGACAUCAUUAGCUAACAGGACUAAACGAUUGCCAGAAAAUGGAGACUAUAGUAGUAAAGUCUCCGAAAUCCUGCAAAAUUCACAAGAAAUUGACCGUUGA